GCAGCCCUGGUUUGCCAAUAAGCAAAACGCCGCGUCUCAAAUCAGUUAGUAAUUUUUGUACAAGCAAUGGCAAAGAGCAAGAAACAAAAACGAGAACUAGAGGCGGCAAGGCAAGCCGCUCAAGUGCACAGCGCACAGCUGGAGACGUGCAACGAUGCAUACACGAGUGGUGCAUUUAGUUAUCUGCGAUUCUUGGUUCACCUGCUGGCAGCGGCACAAUUCUCAUGGAGCAUUUACUAUUAUCUAUGGAAAGUACACUGGCCGCCAGGGCUGCACGAGGAGGAGGAGCUGAAGACGCGCUGGGGUGGCAAAUUCAAAUAUCUCACAUUUCUGAACGUCAUUCUGCAGGCCAUCUACCACAGUGUGGCCCUGCUCAACGAUCUGUUCGGCCACAAUGGGGUCACACUGGCUUCAAAGUCCUGGCUGCGUCAGCUGCGCGAUUAUUUAUUCGCCACGCUUGCAUUUCCCAUUGCGCACAAUGUUUGCAUCUCUUUCUGGGUCAUCUAUCUGUGGGAUCGUGAGCUCAUCUUUCCAGCAGCACUCGACGCAAUAUUUCCUAGCUGGCUAAAUCACGUUGUUCACACGAAUGUGGCGCUAUUGGCCAUCAUGGAUUUGUUCACCUGCUUCCGGCAGUAUCCCAGCCGCUUGGCGGGCAUCACUGGCAACGCCUCCUUUAUGCUGCUCUACGUGAUUUGGGUGCAUAUUGUCAAGUACUUUAGUGGUCAGUGGGUUUAUCCCCUGCUUGAAGUUCUUCCAUUGCCGUUGCGUUAUUUAAUGCUCUCUGGAAUGGUGGCUUUAAGCUUGAUACUUUACAUACUUGGCGAAUUAAUCAACAAUAUCGUUUGGGGGCCAGAGUUUAAGCUGCUCAAGCAGAAAACUAUUAAACAGGGUUAAAUUGCAUUAGUCUUGCCAAAUCAGUACUUCCUUCAAUAUAGUAAUUUAAUUAAUUGUUUAUUCAAUGGUUACUCAGGAAAUUGAGCGUUAAACGUAUUCUCUAUUUACCAGCUCUAUUUACUCACUUGUAUCAAGAGGCUUAUUUAUUGUCUUCGUUUUGGCCAUAGAGGCUUUUGUACAUUACAAAUACACUCCACACUGUAUGUUUAGUUCAUGAUAAAGUUCAUUAAAGUCAAGCGCCUUAAA